AUGGGGGAUCUCGUCCCAUGGAGAGGGGGUCCCCAGCACUCCAGGGGACUGAAACCCCAGUGGGCCCUGCUCAGGCCACCAGCUCCAGCUUGGAAAGGCCAAGUCCUCCCACACCUGCUGUCCCCACAGAAAUUCUCUGGGCUCACCCUGAGACUGUGGGAUGUGUUUAUCUUGGAGGGCGAGCAGGUACUGACGGCCAUGGCGCAUGCAUCAUUCAAAAUACACAGGAAGUACCCCAUGAAGCUUUCCUGGAGCACCAUCUGGGAGUUUCGGGAGCAACUGUCUCAGAGCUGGGCCCUGGAGGACAACGUGGUCCUCAGGAACCUUCAAACCUCCAUGAAGGAACUCACAAGGAAACACUGAGACCUGCCACCCCCAGGUGAGCCCCAGCACCAGAUGGAGCGAGGGUCCUCGAGGGUGUCCCCUGGCAUUGGGCCCCUCUGUCAGGGGGACAGACUGGCCCUCCCCACCCCACCAGCUCAGCUCCAGGAGCUCAUGCCAUCAGUCCCCCUGGAACAAAAGCCCUGUCCCCCCCAGCCUGGCCGGAUAGGACUGUCCCCAAAGCCGAGGCUGAGGCCCAGCGGCACAAGGGGCUUCCUGAACCCAGGGCAGCAAGCCGCUCUUUGAGGGACCCAGAAGCUCAAGAUGAGGGCAGCCCGUCCCCCGGUGAGGUCAGGCUUUGUAUUAUAUAACACUUGUCCGGGAACUCUAUGCCACAGCUCCACACAGACCCGCAUGUCGGGGGUCCGUGUUUCCUGUGCUGCCAUUUUGAACACGGCUCCUGGGACUCUGUCACUUCUCCAUCUUCUGUGGACAGCCCUGGAACAAAAAGACAGACCCCACCCAGCGAGCCCACUGGGACCCCGACACCAGGCCCUGCCCUGGCUUAUAACAGAGAAGAGGCCGGUCAAGAGAUACCCCAGCAGCAAGGUGGCACCUGCCUGUGACUCCCCUCGAGUCCCUCCUCCAGGGCCCAAGGCCCAGGUCCAGAGGGACCUGGCUUCAACCCGAGUCCUAGGAGAAGAGGGGCACCGCAGGCCUCCAGGUGACCACGCAGGGGACCAGGGCACUGCAAGCCCUGAUGUUGUAAGGAUUAACAUCAGAGAACCUGGGCAAGCCAGGCCAGAGACGCUGAGCCCGUGCAGUGAUGAGGAUGUAGGGGGCUGGCUCAAGGGGGUCAACAGCUGUGAACACUGCUGCCUCUUCCCGGCCUCAUUGCUGCAGUGCAGGCAGUCUGCACCCCGGAGACUGGCCCACCAGCACCCCGAGUGCACUAGUCCGCUAUGCCAACAUGGCACCCAGAGACUUCGCAGCCCUGCCUGCCGUACCACCCCCCUCCUGGAAGCCUUGUCCUGCAACCUAGCCCCUGUCGCAGCCACAGCAGGCACCACUGCCAAGCGCCUUCCAGCCGGGCUUCCCAGAGGGCAGAGGCGCCCUGCAGUCAUUGCCUCAGCCACUCACACUCUGGGAGAAGCGGCCCAAGGAGCCCACUCGGGAGUCCCGGGCUUAGACCUGAAGAGGCGAGUCCUGGACCGGCCAGCGUUCUCUCUAGAUCUGCCUCUCCCUCCAUGCCAUACUCUUGGGCCCUUUGUGGUGAAGCCAGGUGGCUGUCCUCCUGCCCCUGCCCCUGCCCCUGAAGGAGAAAGCUCCAAGACCUGCUGCAUUCACAGCCUCUUCCUGGAACCCCACCUCCACGUGCCCACCUACCUCCUCGACAUGCCUGAGCCCCUGUUGCUUUCCUCUCGCAGCAGCCUCAGACCCAGCUCCCCCAUGUUCAUCCCUGGGGCCCGAGUCACCUGCUGCUCCCGCUGGCCCAUCCACUGUGCAUUACCAAGCCGCACACAGCUCAUCGACCUACAGCCACACUUGUCAUAUGUCCUUGCAGACCGAGUGCAGUCCUCGAAGGUUGGAGGGUCCGGAGAAGAAAAGGGCCAAAUGGAGGAAGAGGACCCUGGGAACCCAUGGGUGCUGCAGAGCUGGGGAGGCUGUGGUGUCGAAUAUGAGCCUCUGGGUGGUAUGGAAAAUCCGGGAAACAGGUGGAAAGGGCAGCUGUUCGAACCCUGUGAGGGUGCCGAGGCCAUCAGGUUACAAGUGGCAGCACAGGUGAACUCAGGCCUUCUCACCUGGGGCUUGUCAGAUAAUACCCCUCCGGGUGUGGCCAUCGGGAAGGAAUCCUGCCCCAUCGCUGACAAUGAGCUGCGUUAUUUGGAGAGGCGGACCCAGUCCCUACAGCUGGUGUAA